AUGUAUAUCAAACAAAUUAUCAUCCAGGGCUUUAAAAGCUACAAGGACCAAACAGUUAUCGAGCCCUUUUCUUCAAAGACCAACGUCAUUGUCGGUCGUAAUGGAUCGGGCAAAAGCAACUUUUUUGCAGCUAUCCGGUUUGUUCUCAGCGAUGCAUACACCCAGAUGAGUCGCGAAGAGAGACAGGGUCUUCUCCAUGAAGGUUCAGGCUCCGCCGUCAUGUCAGCGUACGUGGAGAUCAUAUUCGACAACAGCGAUGACCGAUUCCCGACUGGAAACAAGGAGGUCAUCUUGCGCCGCACGAUCGGUCUGAAAAAAGACGAAUACUCGGUGGACCGCAAGGUGGUCACAAAGGUUGAUGUCAUGAAUCUUCUUGAGGCUGCUGGAUUCUCUCGAUCAAAUCCGUACUACAUCGUGCCACAGGGACGAGUUACCGCCCUGACGAAUAUGAAAGAAUCCGACAGGCUCAAUUUGUUGAAGGAGGUAGCCGGAACACAAGUGUACGAGACACGCCGUGCAGAGUCACUGAAAAUUAUGAACGAGACAAACAACAAGAGAGAAAAGAUUGACGAGCUUUUGGUUUACAUCAAAGAAAGACUGAAUGAGCUUGAAGAAGAAAAGGAAGAGCUUAGAGGCUUCCAGGACAAGGACAGAGAGAGACGAUGCCUCGAAUACGCAUACUACCACAACAUACAGCUCAAUGUCCAAUCGGCUCUCGAGGAGCUCGAUAAUGCUCGACAAGAUGGCAUUGACAGCUCCGACACUAACAGAGCAGAGUUCUCACAGGGAGAAAAGGCCAUAUCAAGGCUUGACUCGGAAAUCCACAAGUUACAGAGGGAGAUGGAGCUUCUACAGAUCGACCGCCGACAGCUAGAGGAAGAUAGACGCGACAGUGCCAAGACCAUGGCUAAAGCUGAAAUGAAGGCCAAGAACUUGAAAGAAGGCCAAUCUGCUCAGGAACAAGUCCGAGCUCAACAUGCAGCUGAUCUUGAGUCCGUGCAGAACGAGAUAGCAUCAAAAGAGCAGCAGCUUUCCACCAUUUUGCCAGCAUACAACGAGAAAAAGCAAGAAGAGGACAAUGUCAGGCGACAGCUCGACCAUAGCGAAUCCACACGCAACCGUUUGUUCGCCAAGCAGAGUCGUGGUUCCCAGUUCAGAAACAAGUCCGAGCGCGAUGCAUGGCUCAAGAAAGAAAUUCAAGAACUUGAACUCAAUAUCAGCACACAAAAGGCCAACAAGAUCGACGCAGACGAGGAAGUUCAAAGAGUCCACGAAUCAAUUAUUCAAGCAGAGCAAGAGGUUGCUGAGCUGCGAAACCGUCUCGCCAACUUCAGUGCUGAGAGAGGAGCCCUUGAGGAGGAGGCUACGAAGGCGGGCGACGUUAUUGACAAGCUCAACGACGAACGAAAACUUGUCAGACGUGAAGACGACAAACUCAACUCAGUUAUAGCUAAUGCUCGUCAAGAAAAAGAGGCUGCUGAACGCGAAUUAUCGCAUACUAUGGAUGGAGCAACUGCCCGCGGUUUAGCAACAAUCCGACGACUGAAGCAUGAGCGCGAUAUUCCGGGAGCAUAUGGGACACUAGCUGAACUGCUUGAAGUUGGUGACGCCUACAGGCUUCCCGUAGAGCAGAUUGCCGGCGCAAGUCUCUUCCAUUAUGUCGUUGACAACGCAGAUACAGCCACAUACCUUGCAGACACUCUGUACAGACUACAGGGAGGUCGAGUUACGUUUAUGCCUCUUGCUCAACUGCGACCCAAGCCGAUCAACCUCCCUAGGUCUAAUGAUGCAGUACCCCUUCUUAGCAAGAUCUCAUACGACCAACAGUACGAGAGGGCUUUCCAACAAGUAUUCGGCAAGGUUGUUGUCUGCCCCAACUUGACCGUAGCAGGUCAAUACGCACGAAGCCACGGCGUAGACGGUAUCACUGCUGAAGGUGACACAACCAACAAGAGGGGUGCUAUGACUGGUGGAUACAUCGAUCCUCGCAAGUCUCGUUUGCAAGCUGUCCAGGCCGUGAACAAGUGGCGGGGCGAAUACGAGAGAUUGCUGGCACAGUCCCGGGACAUCCGACAACAGAUAGAGCUGAAGGAUCAAGAGAUCACAGCAGCCAUGUCAGAACUCCAAAAGGCUAGGGAGAGACUACGACAAGCUGUUGAUGGUUUCGAGCCACUCAGACAUGAGUUGAUGAACAAGUCGACACAUCUGGAGAACGAGCGAAGCCACCUCGACGCAGCUGUCAAACGCCGAGAUGCAGUUGAGAGUAAUAUGAACAGUUUCUUGGAAGACCUUGCUGGCCACGAGACGGAGCUCAAGUCAGAUUUUAAGAAGAAUCUGACCUCGGCAGAAGAGCGCCAGCUGGAGGAACUUGGCAACAGCAUUCAAGAAUUCCAGAAGCAAUGGAAUGAGCUCAGCAAGGCCCGACGUGAUCUGGGACGGCAGAAGCAGCUCCUUGAGGUUGACCUUCGCCAAAAUCUGCAAAUGAAGCUUGACCAGCUCAACAGCCAGGCCUUUGAAAACUCAACCUCUGGGUCUUCAGCUGGUGGAUUGAAGGAGGCUCAAAGGGAACUGAAGAAGGCACAAAAAGCACAGAAAAACGUGGAGGCAAGACUUCAAGAAGUAGAAGCCAAGCUGGACGAUUCGCAAGCCCGAUUAGAGCAACUCGAGAACGAUAGAGCUCAGCGAGAGCAAGCUCAACAAGAGAUAUCCGCAAGGAUCGAGAAGCAGCAGAAGAGAAUGGACAAGAGUCUUCGAAGGAAAGCCGUCUUGACAACGCAAGCCUCGGAGUGUGCCCAGACCAUUCGUGAUCUGGGUGUGCUCCCCGAAGAAGCCUUUGAUAAGUACGAGAAUAUGGACCCCAAGACCGUGUCCUCCAAGAUCAAGCGGGUAAACGAUGCACUGAAGAAGUACAAGCACGUCAACAAGAAGGCCUUCGAGCAGUACAACAACUUUACGACACAACAAGACCAGCUUAUGAAGCGACGUAAAGAGUUGGACGAGUCUCAAGAGUCCAUCGAGGAACUCGUUGAGCAUCUCGACAGAAGAAAGGAUGAGGCCAUUGAGCGAACAUUUAAGCAAGUGUCAAGAGAGUUCACAACCAUUUUUGGCAAGCUUGUGCCUGCUGGUCACGGUCGUCUGCUGAUCCAGCGACGGGCAGACCGCCGUCAAGAACCCGCUGACGAAUCUGAUGGAGAAGCUCGAGGUGCUGUUGAAAACUACACAGGUGUCGGAAUCAGUGUGUCAUUCAACUCCAAGCACCUUGACGAGCAACAGAAGAUUCAACAACUCAGUGGUGGUCAGAAGAGUUUGUGUGCUCUGUGCCUCAUUUUCGCUCUCCAGGCAACUGAGAGCAGUCCUAUGGUCAUUUUCGACGAGGUCGACGCUAAUCUGGACGCCCAAUACCGAACAGCAGUUGCAGCCCUGCUUGACUCCAUCUCCAACGAGAUUGGUACGCAAUUCAUCUGCACCACUUUCCGACCUGAGAUUGUGCAUGUCGCAGACAGAUGUUAUGGUGUGACGUUCCGCAACAAGACCAGUUCAAUCGACUGCGUCAGCACCGAGCAAGCCCUUGACUUUGUUGAGGGUCAAGCAAAGCCUACUUAG